UACUCGCUCACCGGGUACAGGUGCAGGCAGAGGUCAAAGGUCGUAUAAGCGCUAUAAGGAAGUAUAACCGCACUUACUAGUACUUAAGUCAACAUGGCCGACAAGACUGAGUACCGAUUCCUAGGCGGCAGCGGUUUGAAGGUGUCCAACAUCUGCCUGGGCACCAUGACGUUUGGAGACUGGCUUUUGCCCGGCCAGUGCGACGAAGCGGCCUCUCAUGCCAUCCUGGAUCGCUACGUGGAGCUGGGAGGGAACUUCAUCGAUACUGCAGACGUGUAUGGAGAAGGCAGGUCUGAACAAAUCAUAGGAAGCUGGUUGGAAAAGCAGCAGCGAGAGAAGUUUGUGGUGGCCACUAAAGUUCGCUUCGGCAAGGGCAUUAACGGGGUAGGACUAAGCCGCCAUCACAUCAUGCAGUCCAUAGACGACAGUCUGCGCAGGCUCCGUACGGACUAUGUGGACCUGUACCAGAUCCAUAUGUGGGACGAGGCUGUCCCCAUCGAAGAGACCCUGUCGGCUCUGAAUGACCUGGUGCGCGCAGGGAAGGUGCGUUACCUGGGCGCCAGUAACGUCAAAGGCUGGCAGCUGCAGAAGAUUGUUGAGCUGAGCAAAUCCAUGGGACUCAACAAGUGGAUAUCUCUUCAGGCGGAGUACAGCCUUUUGUGCCGUGGGAUAGAGUGGGAGCUGACUGACGUCUGCAGGCGGGAGGGUAUCGGGAUCAUCCCGUGGAGUCCGCUCAGAGGGUGCGCACGAGGCCUGCUGACUGGGAAGUUCAAAAGAGAAGCCGAUGCGCCAGAGGGAACCAGAAUCGAGCACGUCACAAAGAAGGGAAUGAUUUUCGAGGGGGUCCCGGAUUUCAAGAAGGUCAAGAAAGAUGACAAGACAUGGGACAUCCUUGAUGUCCUGAAGAAGGUUGCUGAUGCACACGGUAAAACCCCGGCCCAGGUUGCAAUCCGCUGGCUACUACAGAAGGACGUGGUGUCGUCUGUCAUCAUUGGCGCGAAAACUCUUCAGCAGCUGGAGGACAACAUGGGCGCCGCCACUGGCUGGGAGAUCACGGAGGAAACAAUGGCAGAGCUCGACACUGAGAGCCAGAUGGACGCGUUCUACCCCUACAACAUGAUCAAAAGGCGGAACAAGGACAGGGUGAGGAAGAACAUGUGUCAGUAAACACGUGUGGUACAGGACAUCACUCUGUACAACUCAGCGCGAUUCGGCAGCAUGGUUCAGCAUCUUGUAUGAACGUCAGCAGUACAUACACAUAAUUGUUAGGACAUAAUUGUUUGAGUCAAACUUCUAUUUCUAGUUAACGUUACUGCAUCUAAUAUGAGGGAACCUGUAGUCAGUUCGUACACAACGACCAUCAAAAUGUUGCUGCCCGUAACGUUACGUGUUUCCCUGCUGCAUAGAUGUAAUACCUUAAUCUUGUUGAAAGCAGACAGAAAUCAUUUACUGUGGAUGGUAAGCACAGUAGUAAAACACUGUGCAAUGAGUGUUUUACUACUGAGUAUAAAACACUUGAAAUACGUAUACGUACUUGGAAAAAUGUCAGUGGUGUCAUUUUCAUUAAUUUACGAGAACCCAGGCCCAGUCCCCGGUCCUUGUCUGACCUCACACGUGGCCACCGCGUGUCCGUCCUUGCCUAUUCACACUUCCGCCCACCGACACCGGGGCUCUCAUUCUGUCUCGCGGGAAGCGAGGCGCACGAGACUCGCUCCCCGGCUUUCGACUCACCGCCAACCCCUUAUCUCCUCCAAUUUCCUUACCAUAGAUAAAUUGUAGUAUUUGCAGUUACGUAGAGUUGUCUUCAUGAUUAGUUUGUGUUCAUAUGUUAUGAUGUUGAAGGCUCGUUCUACUGACCUUUAUCGAUGUUAUGGGCGUGUUUCUGUGGAAAAGUACGAGAAUAAAUCUUUUCACUUUUGUUUGCCAAA